AUGACAAUUGUAAAAGAAAAUGUUUUAAAGGAUCCGACGAUCUACUGUAGUUCCGUAGAUAAUGAUGACUGCCAUGGGGUCUCGAUCUUCUGGUCGUUGGUCGAUGGCACAUUCUGGUAUCCAACCGAGGAAAUUGAUUCAAAAGAGAAGGUCGUGGGUACUGUUGCAUUUGAUCUACCUAGCUUUGACAAUAAGUCCGAAUUGAAAAUGCAUGGCGUCGUAACUUGUGAAUUCGACGAUAAAACCUUUCAGUCAAAGAUAUUUUCUAUCGCUCUCAGCACCGAGGAUAUGAUUGACGGUAGCUGGCAUUUAAAUUUUUGUCCAGCUUCAGCGGAAUCCAGUAUACUUGCCCUCAAGACUAUCUCCGUAGAUCGACUUGUCAUAUUACCGGUACAGCCAGAUUCUAAUACCGGAAAACGAUUGAUGAGAUUCUUAGAUAAAUAUGAAUUCAAGGAAGUUGGUAAAGUUUGCUUGGUGAAAAAAGCCGGCGCAUUGCAAUAUUGUCUUCUUGAGGUUUUGCCAGCGGAUGAUUCCGACGUAAGAGUGCUGUUAUCGGCAAGAUCUGAGACACAAUUGUCAUUGUUAAUGACGCUCAUGCACAAAGAAUUUCCAGAAAUGUUGGAUAUCGAAAAACAAGAACUCCUGGAGGAAGCUGCAGAGGCAUUACGCGAAGAGUUACAACUCUACCUCACCUGUAACGAUCCUUACCAAAUAAAACAAGCAAGAAUUAAGUCGGACCUACUCAUUCCAUAAAUCUAUUACUUAUGUAAAUGCUUCUUUAAAUCAUACUUAAUCAUUGUCAGGCUUUUAAAUUAUUUUUUAUUUUGUGUAAUUUUAUUGGAUAAAUAUAUUAAAGAAG